UCUGUUUAACCGAGGCAUCUUUUAGCACUCUCAGAAGCAUUGUUUAGAGAGAGAGAGAGAAGCGCGUGUUGGAGUUGUAGAGAGAGAAGGAAAAUGCACCUUCCUUCCGUAGAGAGAGAAAGUGAGUCAGACUCGUCUACGACUGCUGCUUACUGAUGUCAACGAUCUAGAGCCAAAUUUCACUCCAUAUUUUUUUAAUCGGUUUCUCGUCUCUACUUACUAUGGCAGGUAUAUCACCGGAUCAGGAAUCAGUAGAUUCUGCAACCAAAAAGUCCAGUAUCUCCUCAGGUGGUAGGGCUCAGGAUAGGAAGGAGUUUCUUCGUAGAUUUGUGGACAGUGAAAUCCUGAAAGCAAAUCUUGAGGAUUGGCUUGAGGAUAUAGUUGUAGAUAAUCCGGGAUCUGCCUUUGAUCUUCCUUUUGAGUUGAUAGAUCUUCAGAAGUUCGAUUAUGCCCUAGAAGGUGUUCCCUUUCAGCAGCUAAUUCGGAUGCCUAGUGCUAUUUAUGCUUCAACGUCCAGUGAUGUGGAGGCGACAGCUUAUCUUGCUCUUGAGGAUUUUCUACAUGCAAGUGUGAAUGGCAUGUGGGAAGCUUUCUGGGGGCCUGAAGAUGAAAUGAUGCCUUUCUACGUUUCCUCUCUAUAUGAAGGAAACUUGAGAUUUUACCAAGCUGAGCAGGCCAUUGCUAAAGGCAAAAUCGGAGGCCUUUGUGCGUCUGCUAUAAUGCUAAGGAACCCAAGACAUCCACAAGGGAAGUGGGAUGAUAUCAUUGAGUUGGCACUGCUGAGACCUGAUAUUGGAAAUCAUGCUUCAGCAGAGAACUCUAAUCCUCCAGUCUCGACUAUUUGUGAAGCUUUAUUUCUUGCUUUUCGUGUGUUACUUGCCAGAAGCAUCAGCAGAUCAAAUAUCCCUCUGAGUUUGAAUUAUGUGUUCGUACUUCUAGUUGACUCUCAUUGUGGUGGCGUCGUUAAAGUUGAAGGUGAUUUGAGUAAGCUGGACUGUGAUCUGAAUAAUGUCUAUGAAUCUGCUGCUGCAUGGAUUAAAAACCAUUCGAAAAUUGCAAUCUCACCAGUUGAUAGGAUCUGGAACAAGCUUGGAAAUGCUAACUGGGGUGAUAUUGGGGCUUUACAGGUACUUUAUGCUACAUUUCAAUCUAUAACACAAUACGCCGGAGUGCCUAAGAACACUAUAGAAGAUUUAGCUGCUGACCACAGUUCCCGUCUUCAAGCCAGGAGGAUUGAGAGGCAGUUGGAGGAUACAAGGGUGAAUGGUAAUGGUUUGUUUCGCUUCCAACAUCGCAAUGCUUCACCUGAGAUUGUAGAGGUACAAGAAGAAUCCGUUAAAGUGGAUUCUGCAAAGACACUGAACCUUGAAGUAGGAUCUGUAUUGAUGGUGGAGGAUUCAAACUGGCAGAAAGGUUAUCAGAUAGAUGAAGUUCUGAAUGAUGGGGAGAUUCUAUAUUACGUUACAUCUCCCGUUCAAGAUUCAGGAAAGUCUCACUUUCUGUAUGUUGGUUCGCAUCCGUCACAGUUGGAGCCGGCCUGGGAGGAUAUGAAGCUAUGGUAUCAAGUUCAGAGGCAAAGUAAAGUACUCGGUAUUAUGAAACAAAAAGGAUUGUCCAGUAAGUAUCUUCCCGAAGUGAUUGCAUCGGGCCGGGUGAUUCAUCCUGGCCAGUGUCGGAAAACAAGCGCAGGUGGCAAUUGUGAUCAGCCAUGGUGUGGGACUCCUGUCCUAGUGACCAGUCCAGUUGGUAGGACUGUAUCCGACAUGGUGAGAGCUGGCCAGUUUGGUACAGACGAGGCUAUCAAGUGCUGCCAUGAUUGUUUGUCUGCUCUCUCUACUUCUGCUUCAUCUGGGAUUCGGCAUGGGGAUAUCAGGCCAGAAAACAUUAUCUGUGUGAAUCCUGGUCUCAGGCAGCCUUAUUUCGUCCUUAUCGGUUGGGGGCAUGCCAUUUUGGAAGAAAGGGAUCGUCCGGCAUUAAAUCUUCAUUUCUCUUCUACUUCUGCUCUUCAAGAAGGGAAGUUGUGCUCUGCUUCUGAUGCGGAAAGCCUAGUAUAUAUGCUCUACUUCUGCUCCGGUGGAGAUUUACCCGUUCUGGAUUCAGUCGAAGGAGCACUACAAUGGAGGGAAACAUCUUGGUCGAGGAGGCUGAUUCAGCAGAAGCUCGGAGACAUCUCUGCUGUCCUGAAAGCAUUUGCAGAUUACGUUGACAGUCUAUGUGGUACGCCGUACCCUGUUGACUACGAAAUCUGGUUAAGAAGGUUGAAAAGACAGAUUAACGAAGAAGGUAGUGGAAAGGAAGUGGAAACGUCGAGCUAGGAUCGAGCCAUUUUGAUAGUCGAGAGAUAUAUCCCAAUUCGCCUGUUCCAGUUUGAGUUCCUCGUUCCAAAGCGACUUUUGUGUGUUCUCCGAAGAUAGACCAUGCCCCUCGUUGUAAUAUUCGGGGUCGUUUAUCUGGUGAAAACACGGUCUUAUGGCAAGGGCGGAGCAGAGUUUCUGCCGCUUGGUUUGGUGAUGGAGCUCUUCCUGUGUACAGCAAGCCGACACGAGCUGAGGAGCUCAAGAUCGCUUUGAGAACCUGAGACAUGAACAGGUGAUCCUUUGAUGAGAUCGAAAAAAAAUAUUUGUUUCUGCUUCUUGUUAACAAUUGUCGUUUCAUCUGCUUUUGCUAUAGAGAUGUUAUAUCUUGUGUUAUUGUGUCAUUAAUUCUUGUAAAAAAAAUGAGGUGUUCAUCUUAUUUAAUUGUGUGUGAUAAGAGACUAGAGCAUACUAUUGCAACGCGAUUAGCCAAUUGUUGUGUAUUAAUUUCAAGAAUAGUGUUUCCUUUUCUUUUUUGCUAAUGACAUGAUUGUUUUUCGACGCCA